AUGAGGGAGGGGGACCAUAAGAACGUUACAGAGCCUACAGACCCUCCAUUGAUUGGUAACUACGACGUCAAACGAUGCUAUAUAAUUAACGUCAUAUUCAAGUACCAAAUUCCAGGAGGCCUUACGGUCAACACCACCAGAGAUGUCACACAGGAGUUUCAAAGACCUUUUCUGACAGCGUACAAUCAAUAUCUUUCUCUUCAACAAUGCAAAGAGGUGAUUGUCAGAAUCGGAAAUAUAACAUCAUCUCCACCAGGAGUUAGUCUUGUUUACUUCCGAGUACCACUUACUUUUACAGCAUCAAAUAACAUAGCUGAUGAUCUUGUGGCUAUAAAUGUUACAACCUGUGUGAACGCUGCAAAUGUCUCCUUAAAAGGACAUAUAGACCGAAGUGCUCCAAACAUAACUCAAAACAAAACCACAUACCAAAUUAACCAACCAUCUUCAUUGGAGAAGAAGUCAUGCUGUGGUGGAGAUAAACCGCCGCCCUGCUGUGCCGUUGGCUCAAUCAAGGUUUCAAAUACUAGUUGCGGUUGUUUGCCUGGAUUUCACUUCGUCACCGGCCGUUCGUGUGUUCCUUGUCCUUCUGACACUUAUCAGGAUGAACAAGGACAAAAGUCUUGUAAGACUUGUCCAGCUAAUACAGUAACAUUUGGUAAGACAAGAAUGACAAGCAAGGCCAACUGCACAGGUUGUUUGCCUGGAUUUCACUUCGUCACCGGCCGUUCGUGUGUUCCUUGUCCAUCUGACACUUAUCAGGAUGAACAAGGACAAAAGUCCUGUAAGACUUGUCCAGCUAAUACAGUAACAUUUGGUAAGACAAGAAUGACACACAAGGCCAACUGCACAGGUUGUUUGCCUGGAUUUCACUUCGUCACCGGCCGUUCGUGUGUCUCUUGUCCUUCUGACACUUAUCAGGAUGAACAUGGACAAAUAUCUUGUAAGACUUGUCCAGUUAAUACAGGAACAUUUGGUAAGACAAGAAUGACAAACCAAGCCAACUGCACAGAUUCAAAUCCUCUGCAAGUUAACGACCAAGUAGUUUUCCUGCCUAAAAACAUCAACAACGAAACAAUAGUCGCGAGUGUUACUGUUACUGCAGUUCUGGCUUCCCUUGCUCGACCAUUUAAGUUUUACAUAGAUAAUGUCACACAGCCACGACUGCUGUCACGCGAGGUGUCAAGGCGAAAGCGGCGUCGUAUUGAAGUUGAUUCUCAGUGUACACACCCUGAGCUCUGUCCUCAAAUGUUAGUCGAUCUCUGUUUUAAGGCAGGUGCCGUCAAACCAGAAAAUUAUUUCUGCAUUCAUCGAUUCACUGGACGAAUAAGGGUAACGCAAGACUUUGUCUUCAAGCAAGGUGAAGUAUUUGAUUUACAAAUACGCGUGACGGACAGCGACCCAAGGGGAAUAACCGUAAACACAGCCAAAGUCAAACUCAUUUCUGGUGACCCGUGUAGGAACGUCCAAGCGAUUUAUGAUGAAGCCGUGAAAUAUUGCAUCAAGAAUUCAGAAUCUGUGGAUGGAAGAAAGAAGUGCUUGAGUACUCAGUGCACAUUGACUGCCCAUGAUUGGAAAGAGGCACUUAACAAUGCUAGUAAAGUACCAGAGAAAGACUGCUCAGCUGAUCCCCAUAAUCUUACAGUUCUCAUCCGCGAAAACCCACUUUGUGGUAAGUAGUCACGUGUUGCAGAGUCUACUCUAUCUCCUCGUCUUAUCACGCAACACGUGCUCUUUCUCAGAGAGCGCGUUGCGUGACCAACAAGCAAAGACUUCGAAGGAGACUGGAGUCGACUCCCAAAAACAGUAACUUUGAAGAGUAUCGAUGGAUACAGUUUGUUACUCUCCCCUCCCCCCUUCCCUUUGCCGUCCACACUAAAUGUCCGAAAACACUGAUGAAAGCGACAGAGUGAUGUUUUUCACGUCACCAUUUUGAGAAGCACUGAUCCGUUUUCACCUGUCCACAAAAGAAAUUGGGCGUUUUCAAGACUCAACUUUUGAAAUCGUCUUCGACAGUGUUCAUUUUAUUCCCUUUCAUCAGGUGUUUCGGUGUGGACGAAAGAGAAUGGGGCUAUAUUCACCAUAAGCCCCAGUCUUACCGCCGUCAGACCAGUUGAGAACUGCUGACCCGUAUUGCAGAUUGUUAACUCUCCGAGAUGUGUUUUUCACCAAAGAUGUACAUUUCGGAUUUAAUGCUGCAGUCAGAAAUCCUAAAUGUGCAUUACUUAUAUCCACAAUUCAGAGCUCUGUUAAGAGAUCUGAAUCGUCUACUGCAAAAUUUAUACAAGAUAGAUUUUCAGAUCGGAAAUCUAAAUUGUUAACUAUAGGUACUCACUUUAAAUCAACUCAGUCGUUGACUUCUUUGGAUUGACUCGAAUUCUGCAACGUGCUUGGCAAUUAUAAAUUAAAGUUGCUUAUUGCUAAAAUUUUUGCAGGGCAAACUUUAAAUGCUACGUUCUCUCAGAUUCCCUUAUAGCAUCUUUUAAUCUUGAAAAUAUGGUAUGGCAAAAUCUGAACUAUUUCCUUCUCAUUUCAGCCGUUUAUCAGUUUGUGAACGCAGAAGUGUUUCCAGUUGUUACUUCUCUUAACAGGCUAGCCCUUUACAAGUACAAUUUGUGCAGUUCAAUAUGCGUUGUCGGAUGCUGGCCUCCUCUAACUAUGGUUCUGUUUUGAAAGAAGCUUCAAACUCUUUAUAAACAACAUUUAGUGCUUUACUCACCCUUCUAGUCUUUAUUCCAAUAGGUCUCUGGAGUUGUUGCUGUUGGUAAGUAUGUCAACAUCGAAUAUGGUGUACGCAUGUGAGUUAGAGAUUAUCCACCUCUUAGAUAUUUGAGGCUGCUAAGGGUCGCCGCUUGGGAUUUGAAGCAGCGUGCAUUUUAGAGAUCAAAAGCAAACUCUUUGCAAACAACAUUUAGUGCUUUACUCACCCUUUUAGUCUUUUUCUUAAUAGGUCUCCGGAGUUUUUUCUGUUGGUAAGUAUGUCAAGAUUGAAUAUGGCGUACACAACUGAGUUAGAGAUUACUGUUUUCUCACAGUCCCACGUAGCAUCUUUUAACCUUGGUAGCAUGGUGAUAAUGGCAAAUGGCAAAA